AUGAGCGACAUACAAGGCGAGACUAGAAUGGACAGGUUCGUCUCUCAGGGCUCUGGCAGGCACAUUCACCUGCAGGCCAUGCGCCCAUGGGACGAAGGGAUGUCGCUUCGGAACUCGCAUGGAGGCAGCUUCGGCGGGGACCUGUCCCGGGAGACUGGUUCGGGAUACAGAGUCAAAGACAGCAUAUACAAUAAGACUCUGUCGUGGUUGAAGAAUCUGAAGCCUUGGACCAAAAGCAAUCACGGCUUGGCCAAUCCUGACAAGGACUCCCCUAACGCCCACAAUGGAGGCUCUAGCAGCAUCCGGCAAGAGCAGCGGAUGAAAGUUUCCAAAUCGGAUAGAAACCUCGCCGGACAUCUCCGGAACGAAGAGAGUAAGUAUUCCAGGAAGCCAUCCUCUGCGAAAAAUCGCUACUCUGCUUCCUUCUCGUCAUCAGGACAUUGCUACCUCGACCUUCAGAAUGAACAAGACGUCUAUAACUCUUCGCUGAAUAGACUUGGGUGUGAAAAGGGAGAUCCUCUCGAUGGCACAUACGGCUCUAGGUAUGUUUGCCAUUCUCAAGCUGCCUACCUCGACGUUGACUAUCGCACGAGGUACCGCAGCGCCACCAAAGUGCCCCACGAAGUCAUCUCUAACCCUGCUCAGUAUCAUCAUCACCACCUUCACCAGAACGAGCCACAUUACCAGCCUUCUCAGCAGCUCUUGCACUCUAACAAAUCGGCGGCAGCAGCAAGGGCCGCGGAUCUCCAUUCCGGGUUGGACUACCCUGCCGGCAGCAGAUUACAGCCUUCCAACGGAUUACCCAACUCUCGCACUUAUCUGUCGUCUCGAGACUUCGUUACGACAACUGAUACUCACUACGAUCAGGCAGAUAAAAACCAGCCUCCUAUAGGGCAGGCGGAGCCGCCUCCAUUGACCAACACCCAGGCUGCAGCGGCGGUAUCCGGUUCUACUGUAACACGCAUUCUUCGUGAAAAGCUCUUCGGGCGAGCUAAGAGCUCCAUCAGCCUAAAUCUUGAGUCGGAUUCCAAAAGCCAGCCUUACCGGGCCAUGGCUACAUCCUCGUCAUUGCACUCCAUGGGGACCACUGAAUCAGGCAUGUCCAUAGUGAAGAUGAGACCGAAAAAGUGCAAGCCUUCGGAUCACGUCUACGUUGUGAACCGUGAAGACAAGAUGUCCAGGCCGAGGUCCUGCGCCACGCUACCGCACGACGUGAAACUUGGUGUGGUUCAUGAGAAUCCACGUGUGGCGCUGUAUGCAAAUGAUACUGAAGACAGCAGAAGGUCAGCAGAUGAGCGCUUUGAUGUGGUUUCCCCCGUGACAGUCCGAUUGAGAAACAAACAAAGGAGACUAAGCGAGGAAGUUACAAAGCGUUUGUCACUACCAGCAGAUAUAAGGCUACCUGAAAAUUUUUUGGCACGUCAGUCUCUGUCUUUAAGUCCAGAUGGUCAGCUGACUAGAAGGUCAAGGAGAAAAUCACUGUCAGAAAUUGGUUUUGGAAAAAUAGAAUCUUAUGCCAAAUUAGAUAAACUUGGAGAGGGAACCUAUGCUACAGUGUUUAAGGGCAAGUCUCGGUUAACUGAUAAUUUAGUAGCAUUAAAGGAGAUACGGUUAGAACAUGAAGAAGGUGCACCCUGUACAGCCAUUAGAGAAGUUUCAUUAUUGCGUGACUUAAAACAUGCCAACAUUGUGACUCUACAUGACAUUAUACACACAGACAAGUCUUUAACUCUAGUCUUUGAAUAUUUAGAAAAAGAUCUCAAACAGUAUAUGGAUGAUUGUGGAAAUAUUAUGAGCAUGACAAAUGUCAAGUUGUUUUUGUUUCAAUUACUACGAGGCCUUGCCUACUGUCAUAAGAGGCGUGUAUUGCAUCGUGAUCUCAAGCCACAAAACCUAUUGAUAAAUGAGAGAGGGGAGCUAAAGCUAGCAGAUUUUGGUCUGGCUAGAGCCAAGUCUAUACCAACCAAGACAUACUCUAAUGAAGUGGUCACUCUCUGGUACCGACCUCCAGAUGUUUUACUGGGAUCAACAGAAUACUCUACUCCUAUAGAUAUGUGGGGUGUAGGCUGUAUAUUUUAUGAAAUGGCUUGUGGUAGACCAUUGUUUCCUGGCUCAACUGUGGAUGAUGAGCUUCAUCUAAUAUUCAAGACUCUUGGAUUGCCGUCGGAUGAUAGCAUGCCAGGCAUAUCCAAGAAUCCAGAAUUUAUUGCAUAUGAAUUUCCCAAGUACCAAGCUGAGAGUUUGAUCACAAUAGCUCCUAGGCUAGAUGCUGAUGGCCUUGAGUUACUAGCCAAAUUUUUAAAGUAUAAUCCUGUCACUCGGGUCUCUGCGUCUGAAGCCAUGAAGCAUUCAUUUUUUUGUUCCCUUGGACCAAAUGUUCAUAAACUUCCUGACACUGUCUCAAUUUUUACUGUUCCGGGUAUAUCUCUCCAUCGAGACCCUGGCAUGAGAUCUUCGUCUUUAGCAACCACAGGUAGUAAACAAAGGAGGCAAAGUAUGCUCUUUUGAUGAAUGUAUUCCUCAGGAGGAGGUUCUCUGUUUAGACAAAAUGAAUGAAUGUAGAUAAUCACAAAGUAGGAAGAGAUAUGUCACUCUCACAAGUUCAUAGAAUCUCAUCGGAAGCCCGUCACCUCACUUGCACUCAUCUGGUGUAAAUACUGUUGAGUUAUUUCUUCAUGUCAAGCUAAACAAACCAUCAUGCCACCUUCAGCUAUUUGUUUGCAGUUGCCUCUUGAUGAGCCCAUCAUCCCCCCCUCCCUAACAGCUGUGAGCACCAUCAAUGAUUACCUUUUCACAGCUGUGAGCACCAGCAAUGAUUACCUUUUCAUAGCUGUGUCUCUGGUGGUACCAUUUAUGUCUCACCACCUGAGUGUUCAACUAAACAAUUGCAUGAUAUCAAUACUUCUUAUUUACAGAUCUCGCUUUUUUUAUUCGAUUCUUCCCGGUACCUAGUCCAAUGUAAAGAAUCACUAGUUAUAAGCUCAUCCUCCACCCCCUAUAAAAAAAAGCCAUAAAAAUACAUUGAAUAUUAAAUGUAUUUUUACUUUUUAAAAUAUCAAAAUUUUUAAAUUUAAAAACAAUGACAGCAUUGCAUCUUUAAUUGAUUUAGUUUUUGAUGAAUCAAUUCUGGAAACUUUCAAUGUUAUAAUCAGAUUAAUAAUCAAAUUGUAUCAGUAUUUGUCAUUGUCAAAUUAAAUUGAUUUGUACAGAGCAAUGAAAACGUUAUGGUUAACAUAGGGGUGGGAAAACAGUGGUAAUGUACUUUUAUGUUACUUCAAAACUGGAGUUUACAAUUUUCUUCUGGAUGCUAGCAGUGAGCCAGAGGCUAUCAGAAUUUUCAAAUGAAAAGAGGAUGGUCUUUACAUGUUUCUCACAGAGAAAACCUCUGUAUUUUUGUACAUAGAUGUUAUAUUAAUCAUGUUUUGGAGGCAGGUAUUAUCACUCUUGUUGAUUAAUUCCUUAAGUGUUGACAAAUGUUAAUCAACACAAUUUUAGAAUGUCUUCUAUAUUUGUAUUUCUCUUUAAAAAAAAACAACAACGAAAAAAGAAAAGGAUAAUUUUGCAAGAAAAAAACAACUUAAUACAUCUUUUAAAUGUGAUGAUUGCCCAUAGAUAGUGGUAGAAACUAAUUUGUAUUUUUUCUAAUAUGUGUUGUAGUGUUUUUGUUUUUUUUCCAUUUUAGUUGAGCAAUAUUUGAAUAGAAUAUCAUUAGAAAAAGAUUUUAAAUGCUCAAAGUUAAAUGCUAUUUUUAAAAGACUAAUUCACCAAUUCACAUAUUUUUUCAUUCAGUUUCUCAGAAAUCACUCCAUGAUAAUAUGCAAAACAAUUAUAAUAUCUUACAGAUUACGUUACCUUUCUGUGGACCAUCAUCACAUUUAAUGUUCAAAUUGGUUAUUUGUAAAAGAUAGUAACCACUUUAGUCAAAGCAAUAAACAAAGAAUUUUUUUUGUCAAGUAGAUCUAGUGGAGGAGAAAAUUAAUAGAACAGAAGUGGAAAUGUUAUAAAAAUUGAAGUUUUUCUCGGUUAGGCUCAGGGCAACAUUCUCUGUUGUUUAUUUUUUUUUUUUUAUAAAAGAAGUUUUUCUUGUUAUAUGUUUUAACAGAAAUAACAAUAUUGUUAUUUACAUAUCAUACAGUUGUUAGAUGUUCGGGUGUGCAGAGAUGGGAGGGAGGGGAUGAUUUUUCUAGUUUUAGCAGCUAGCUAGAUUAUUUAUAGCUUAUUUUACAUGCCACACAAUAACUGCUCUAACUCAGGCCUCCAGGUUUAUGACUGGAAAGACCAAAUUUGCUCUCUGUAAUGUUUGUUGCUUAUCUCUCAACUUAGUUAUGAACUUAAAAGAAUAAUGAAAAGCUGUGUUAAAGUUUGCCUGAUGUAUUAUUGAAAAUGUUUAGUCUGUUGUAAAUAAAACCAUUGUUUUUGUUGGAUAAUAAACUUUGAUAGAAUUAACUCUCAAAACACUUCUUUUAGCUUUUCUUAUGUGCCAUUAUGGCCAAAUCAAUGUUAUACAGGCUUUGCCACAUACUUAGAGUAUUGUCCACAUCUAUGGUAUUGUGAUAAUAUAUUCAUGAAAGAUAUUUGCAUUUUUAUUUUUUUUUUCAAAUAAAUCUUUUUAGUUAUUAGGUUAUCUAUAAAUAAAGCAUUAAAUGUCAUAUUUUAGUUCAAGCUAGAAAAGUUUUCUAUUUUAUUUUAUUUUUUUACCAUUUGUAUAACUAUCUAUUGGUUAUUAUCAUAAAUUAGUAAGUAUUUUUACUUCAUUGAUACGAUACACAAUAUACAAAAUGCUUUGAAGCUAGGAUUUAUAACUGUUUUCAUUGUUGAAUUUCUUGUCACUUACUGAACCUCAUUCAAUGAAAGUUUUGAGCAGUUGUACUUUUUUUUUGUUGAGAAUUUCAAGACAUUGUGCAGUUAUCACAUUUGGAGUCAGUGUUAUGUAAUGUUGAUACAUACACUGCAUACUUAGACUAUUGUACUAUAUGUAUGUAUGGCAUACAUUACGCUAUAUACACUUGUACAAAUGUUACCUUAUUAUGUUUCAAUGACUUGCACUUUUUGGCUUUGUUUCUUUUUUUUAUAUAAAUCUUGGGAAAAUCAAGACCAAAAUAUGUAUUGGUUAAUGCGCAGAGCAGAAUACUGAGGUUUUUAUUGUAUGUCAUUUUAAGUUGUUUUUUUUUUAAAUCUAGUUCCUAGUGUCUAAAUUUUAACAUUAAAUUCAUCAGCUAAAGGAUAAAACUACUAAACCAAAUGUCAUUCUACUCAUCAAGCCAUAAAUGUGUUAUACAUCAAAGAAUGUUGCCUUUGUUUUGUAGGAAUAUAAACAUCUGACAACAUAACAAUAAAGGCUGUUGUCUAUUGAUUUAGUUUCUACACAUUUAAAAUGACAACAUUUAAUGUUUUUAAAACUAUGUUUGUUUAAAUAGUGAGACACUUUCUUAGGAAAGAAUUAAUAAAACAAAUGACACAAGUUUUAUUCUGUAAUCUGUGUUCUGUUCUGCAUAUUGCCAGAGUGUCACAUUGGGCUUGGAGCAUUGGCUUUCAUCAGAAUGUUAAGUUAUAUAUUUAUCUUUUUUUUUUUUUAGAAUGGAUUAUUAUAUACCUACUCAAGUUCCUCCCAUGCUUUGCAUUGAAAAGGGAGACAUCUUUCAACUUUUAAUGUAAUACUGCAUGUAUCUAAUGUCACAGAGAGCAUAUUAUAUCUAACAUGCCUAAACAUAUAUUUUUGUCAUUUUGUGUUCAUUUGUUAUCAUUUUAUUGGGCAGAUUUUUUUUUUUUCUUUUUUUUUCAAACCAAUGGUUCUAUUACAUAGAUCUCAUCACAUUGUUGCCAUAUUUAGACUGGGUAGUCUUAUUGUGCAUGUCAGUCAAACUAUUUACACAACAUUUUGUUACAAAGUUUUCUCUUGGAAACAUUACACUGAGCAUCAGGCUAGAAGACUGCAAUUUUUUUAUAUAUUUUUUCAUUUACAGGAAUUUAAAUAGGAUGUAUAAAGUUGAACCAUAGAAAUCAAAUGUACCGAACUACUUGCCUUUCCUGGUGAUCUGAUUUUUUGUAAUUCUCAAUAUGUUAUUAGCAGCAUAUGCUGCUGGUUAGGUUAUAGAAUUCAUUAAUGAAGGAAGUACUUGUGUAUAAAUUUUUUUUUAAAUUAUGAUCAUCAAAUUAAAAAAAAAAAAAAACUUUGUUUCACUUAGUACUAUGUAAACAUAUCUAUUACUGAUUAGGCAUACCAUAUUGUUCAUGAAAUUUUUAUAGAUAUCAAUAGAUAAUCAUUACCAUCUUGUUUUAGUUGAACCAAAGUAGAACAUCUGUGCACUUUUAUGUAGUGUACCAAAGAUUGAUUGAUUUUAAUAUACACAAUUUAAUGAUCUUUUUGGUAUAAAAGUAUUUAGCUAUUUUAAGAUGUAGGAUUAAUUGUGUACUAAAGAAGGACAAUGUAGCUGUAGUCGGGUUAUUUGAAAGUAGUUCUACAUGUUAUUAUUCUUGUUGAUUACUGGUUAUUGAUCACAAUGCUAUGGUUACAAAAACAAGAUGAGUUUGUUAGUCUUCUUUUACAAGAGAGUUCUGAAUGCUAAUGAGACAUUGUCACAGUUGGCAUUGGUUUUGAUAAACUUAUGUGCAUUUAUUUCUAAGUACAUUCAAUGCAACUAACUUUUCUUGAAGGAAUCUUUUUCAAAUGUUAAUAAGAUAAUCUGACUUCAAAAGUUUGUAUGUAUUUAUGUGUGUACAACAUUAAGCCCCCUACUUUCUCAGAGUUGCCCAAAUGUGAAGAAUGCUGUCUAAGGAUUAUAACUCCAUCAAACUUUCCAUCAAGUAAAACAUUGAUAAUACAAAGUGUUUGUAUUUGGGCUAGAUAUAUUCUUUAAUGCCAUCACUCACAAGUAGCUAGCUUUGUUUUCCAGGAAUUGUAAGAAAUGUGUCUAUGAAUGACAUUGGUGCCAGUUUGAUUUCAUUUUUUUUUUAUUGACGAAGCCUUAAACAGUUGAGUAGUAAGUUGAAAAAAUACAAACAUUGGUGCGAUUGAUAAACUGAUGGAGCAUUGCCUUCCAGUCUUUGUAUUUAGUAUGAUCUUAGAAAGUGAAAACAUCGGAAUUAAAAUGUGUGCUUUAACAAUAAAGACAUCAUAUGAAUAGUACAUAGA